AUGGCUGACUUGGAGGCGAAUUUGAUGCAUUUGCAACUCAUGCACGAGAGUCUCAGUCGGUUUGGGGAGAGUUUCGCCAGCUUUUUGUACGGGUUGAACAUGAAUGCCUUUGUUGUUGAUUUCCCAGAGGCUCCCAUCAUUGAGUCGAUCAAACGCUGGCAAAAGCGUCAGCAGGGAGGCCAGGGAAACUUCGACGAUCAGUCGACGACAAUCCAGAAUAACACCACCACUGGCGACGGUCGGCUCGGUGAGAGCAGUGGGGAUGCAACCUUCAUGACUACAGCAGAUGCAAGUUUCGCCAGCUUGAAGGCAACUCCACGCCGUAAAAGCAUGGCCCCAUCAGUAACACCCGGCACUUCAUCAACGAUCAAGCACAGCAAUCUGCCGGCCGGCCGGGGAGGCGCUGCUGCUGGGGCGAGAGGGGCCAGAGGCAGUGUUGGCAGCCGUGGAGGUUUGAGAGGAAGUGGUCUGCCACGGGGUAGAGCGAGGGGAAGCAAGUAA